AUGAGUCUGACACCAGUACAUUUCUUCUCUCAUGGCUCGACUAUGAUGCUAGGAGAGGAAUCCGAAAGUGCAGAUUACUGGAAGAAAUGCGGAGAUGAAGCCUUAGCACGGAACAUCAAGGGUGUCGUCGUGAUGGGCGCACACUGGGACUGCCUAGGCGACAGAAUUGAACUAGCCACAAAUCCCAACCCCGCCAAAAGUCCAGUGGCAUACGUCAAGCCCGAAAAAUACGUGAACUACAAAUUGAACCCAGAUCUCGAAACCAGUGAACGAUGCAUCAAGAUGCUAGCCAAUGAAGGCUUCAACGUUGGCGGAAACAAAACCUUCGACUGGAUUCACGACGUAUACCUUAUUCUCAUUCGCAUGUUCCCAGCCGGAUGUCCACCCACGACCCUAAUCUCCGCCAACGCACGAUUUGAUCCUCAUUUUCACAUGAAGAUCGGAGCAACGCUACGACCGUUACGUCGAGAGAACUUUCUCUUUGUGGGAACUGGUGGUGCAGUUCAUAACCUAUAUCGGAAUCGAUGGGCACCGAUGCUUCGUUUCCGGGAUAACUUUGCCAUGGAGACGCCGCCGGAGGAUUGGGCGAUGGAAUUUCGACAGGCUGUGGAGGAUGUUAUUACCAAAACGUCGGGUCCACAGUUACGUGGUGCGUUGACUCGACUGAUGAAACAUCCUCGGUUUAGAGAUGCGCAUGCUACUGAUGAUCAUUUUAUGGCUGCUCUGUUUGUGGCGGGGGCAGCUGGUGACUCUGAAGAUGAGAAUAAGCCUGCGGUGAUGGGUGCUGAAAAUUGGGAACUGACUAAUAUGUGUAACUCGCAAUUCACGUUGGGUGCAUGGUCCAGAGAGAUUCCUGUUUGA